AUGACGCACGAACUGCGGCGGGUGGCGGCCGCAACCGGCACAGAAAACGCGGUAACCUUGGACACGGCCAUGGACCAGCAGCAAGUGCCUUGCCCAGGAAUACAUCUGACGAUGCGAAGCCGCACAAUCACAUCGAAACCUUUCUCGGACUGCCCCCUGCACCGCCGAUUGCACCCGUUCACGCCACUCCCGCGCAACCGACUUUUCGGCAGGAGAUUUGUCUCCGACCGGAGACCCGGAGACUUGGUCCUCAACGGCCUGAUCCUCAACGGUCUGAUCCUCAACGACUUGGUCAUCAACGACUUGGUCCUCAACGACUUGGUCCUCAACGACUUGGUCCUCAAC